AUGACCCAGGUCUGCUUACCUAGGCUCAAAGCCCUUGCAGAUCUGAUCCCAUUCCCUCCUAGGGGUCUGGGUGCUGGGGAGGGGUCAAGUAGAACAGUGCACCCAUGUGUGUCCCCCUGGGACCCUAGCCGGGCCCAGCUCCUGGACAGUGUCCUAGGGCUGGGGGCACUAGGGCUGACAAUUGGAGCCAUCUUUUCCAUGGCUGGCCCAGCCCUGUUGCUGCUGCUGCUACUGAUCAGCUUCCUCACUUUCGAUCUGCUCCAUAGGCCUGCUGCAGGUCCCACUCUGCCACGGCACAGACUUCUUCCAAGAGGCCAGAGUCAGGGGGCUGGUGAGGGUCCAGGACAGCAGGUGGCUCCCCCCUUCCCAACAGGGGCAGUCCCAGAACAACUCAGCCCCCAGGAUGCACUGCUCCUGCUGCUUCUAGGCCUGGGGCUGCUCUUGGGGGCCCAUGGCACGUCCUUGGCCCUACUGGGCCUUGCUUUCUGCCUCCAUCCUUGGGCCUAA